GACCGCGAUGGUACCCUGAACGCUGUAGAAGAGGGAUGCCAUUUUGACCAUGACUGAGAACACUACAUUCAUGUUUGAUACAAGGAAAAGCCUCUUGGCAGAUUCUUCUGUUCUUGACUCAAAAAUUAUAGAAAAUUCCAAGGAAAAUGUAUUCACCCCCGAUGCUUCUGACUGUAAAGAGGAAAUACCCCCAAUUGAAACCAAGGUGAUUUUAGUUCAGGAAACUGCCAGAUGUGAAAAACUCAUAACAGCCUUAGAGGAUAUUAAAGUGUCUUACAUAAAGAUGGAAUCUAUGAAAACGUAUGAUGACUCUGAAUCACCGGAGGCUGAGGCUGUCUUUGUACUAUCAGACUUUGAAGAUCCCAUUUUUAGUAACUUGUACAAGGCAGACUGCAGGAUCCUUGGGCCCCCAGUGGUGUUUCAGUGUGCUAAAAAAGGCGAGCCUCUACCCUUCGCGUGUCGUCCAUUGUACUGCACAAAUAUGGCGAAUCUUGUGUUAUGCUUCACGGGAUUCAGGAAGAAAGAUGAACUGGUUAAACUGGUGACCUUGGUUCAUCACAUGGGAGGGAUUAUUCGGCGGGACUUCAGUUCCAAAGUUACACAUCUGGUGGCUAACUCUACACAGGGAGAUAAAUUCAGAGUAGCUGUGAGUCUUGGCACUCCAAUCAUGAAAGCAGAGUGGAUUUAUAGAUCUUGGGAGAGGAGAAAUGACAUUGACUUUUGUGCUGCUGAUGAAGAAUUUAGGAAAGAAUUUAAAGUUCCACCAUUUCAGGACUGCAUUUUAAGUUUUCUUGGGUUCUCUGAUGAAGAGAAAAAGAACAUGGAAGAAAUGACAGAAAUGCAAGGAGGACAGCAUUUGCCUGCUGGUGAUGAACGCUGCACUCAUCUUAUAGUUGAAGAAAACACAGUAAAAAAUAUUCCAUUUGAGUUGUCUCCGAGCCUUUUUGUUGUAAAGCAAGAGUGGUUCUGGGGAAGCAUACAGAUGGAUGCCAGAGCUGGAGAAUCAAUGUACUUAUUUGAAAAGCCAGACAGUCCCGAAUUGAAGCCCUCGACCUCGCUACUUUCUCUAAAUACUCCCAACAGCAACCGGAAGAGACGGCGUUUGAGAGAAACCCUUGCUCAGCUAACCCGAGAAGCGGACAUGUCUCCCUUUCCACCUCGGAAACGGCCAUCGGCCGAACAUUCCCUUUCCAUAGGAUCUUUACUUGACAUUUCUAACACCCCGGAGUCGAGCAUGGCGAACGGAGGGAAGAGGCUAGAAUUGAGGAGCCCGGAGAAAGAUAGAGAGAAAGGCACCUAUGAUGUCCUUAGGCUUAGUCGGAUGAGGAAGAGAUCCUGCAGAAACUCCAGUU